AUGGCGGGCAACGAAAGCGAUUCAGGAAAUAGCACAAUUGAGCAGAUCUAUCAAAAGAAAACGCCACUAGAGCACAUUUUGCUUCGUCCAGAUACAUAUGUUGGCUCCAUCGAAAUGCAAGACAACAAGCUGUGGGUUUGGGAUUCUGAUCAACAAACCAUGGUCUUUCGACAAAUUCAAUAUGUCCCAGGCCUCUAUAAAAUAUUCGAUGAAAUAUUGGUGAAUGCAGCAGACAACUAUCAACGCGACAAAAGGAUGAAUAAAAUUGAAGUUACCUUAGAUCCUGAAAGAGGGAUGAUUUCUGUAUGAAACAAUGGCCGAGGAAUUCCAACCGCAAUCCACCAAGAAUACGGAAUUUACGUCCCAGAACUCAUUUUUGGUCAGCUUUUGACGUCAAGUAACUAUGAUGACACCAAGAAAAAAACCACAGGCGGACGAAAUGGGUAUGGCGCCAAGCUUGCAAACGUUUUUUCUAAAAAAUUCAUAGUAGAAACUGCUGACUCGGAAAGAAUGCAAAAAUUCACUAUGGAAUGAACCUGCAAUAUGAGCAAAAAAUCAGAGCCUGUAAUUACAAAACUCAAAAAAUCUGAGGAUUAUACCUGCAUUACUUUUUACCCAGAUUUAGAAAGAUUUGGCAUGGCUUCACUAAAUAAAGACAUCCUCGACCUUAUGACUAAAAGAGUUUAUGACAUGGCUGGCUCGACUGGAAAAUCUGUAAAAGUCUUUUUAAAUAAAAAAGAAAUUCCAAUAAAAAAUUUCAAAGAUUAUAUUGACCUUUAUAUAAAAGACUCAACAAUGCCAAAAAGUUUUGAAAUCCCUGGAGAAAGGUGGGAAGUCGGAGUUUCUAUAAGUGAAGGCGUUUUUCAACAGGUUUCCUUUGUGAACUCAAUUUGCACAUCCAAAGGAGGAACCCAUGUCACUCAUGUGGCUGACCAGCUUAUAAAUGCUAUUUCAGGGGCUGUUCAAAAAAAAUUUAAGAAGCUUGAAGUUAAAAAUAACCAAAUCAAGCAGCAUUUAUGGAUUUUUGUGAAUUGCUUAAUUGAAAACCCUUGUUUUGACUCCCAAACAAAAGAAACAAUGACUUUAAAGCCAUCUGCAUUCGGUUCCAAAUGUGAGUUAAGCGAAAAAUUCAUAAAAGAAGUCGUAAACUGUGGUAUUAUUGAUCAUGUCGUAGCUUUUGCUAAAGCAAAAACAGAAGCCCAGCUCGGCAAAAAGGUAAAAUCAAAGAAAAAUGAAAAAAUUUAUUUAAAUAAGCUAGAAGACGCAAACUUAGCAGGAAGCAGGAACAGCAAAGAAUGCACAUUGAUCUUAACAGAAGGAGACAGUGCCAAAACUAUGGCAAUUGCAGGAAUUGAAGUUGUAGGAAGAGAUAAAUUCGGAGCUUUCCCAUUAAAAGGAAAGCUUUUAAACGUAAGAGAAGCUUCUCACAAACAACUGAUGGCUAACGAAGAAAUACAAAACAUCAUGAAAAUUGUAGGACUACAGCCGAAAAAAGAAUACGCUGACUUAAGCGAGCUUCGAUAUGGGUGUAUUAUGAUUAUGGCUGAUCAAGAUCUUGAUGGCUCUCACAUUAAAGGACUUAUCAUCAAUUUAAUCCAUUUCUUUUGGCCUGGCCUAUUAAAAACUACAGGAUUUGUCAAAGAAUUCAUUACUCCUAUUGUAAAAGCAACAAAAGGCCAGCAAAGUAUCUCAUUUUAUACGCUACAUGAAUAUGAAGCCUGGAGCAAAGCUGAAGACAGGAAGGCUUGGAAUAUUAAAUACUACAAAGGCUUGGGAACAUCGACAAAUAAAGAAGCCCGUGAAUAUUUUGAAAAUAUUCAGAGGCAUAGGAUUGAGUUUCUGUAUGAUAAUGAAGAGCAUGAUGGGGAUUCUAUUGAUAUGGCUUUCAAUAAGAAAAGAGCAGAUGACCGAAAAAGGUGGCUAGCAGCUUUGGAGCCUGAUACUUUUCUUGAUAUGAGCGAGCCUCAGAUCACAGUAUCUGAUUUUAUCAAUAAAGAAUUGAUUUUGUUCUCGAACUAUGAUAAUAUUAGAUCAAUUCCUAGCAUUGUAGAUGGAUUAAAGCCUGGACAAAGAAAAAUUAUUUUUUCCUGCUUUAAACGAAAACUAAAAGCAGACAUAAAGGUCGCUCAGCUAUCUGGAUAUGUAGGAGAGCACUCUGCAUAUCACCAUGGCGAGCAAUCUUUAGCUACCACAAUAGUAGGCUUAGCCCAAAAUUUCGUAGGCUCAAAUAACAUAAAUUUAUUGCUACCUAUCGGUCAGUUCGGAACCAGAAUUUUAGGAGGAAAAGAUAUGGCAAGCCCAAGAUAUAUUUUUACAAAUCUUUCCCAAGUAACUAGAAAAAUGUUUAUAUUAGAAGACGAUUAUUUAUUGGAUUAUCAAGAAGAAGAAGGCCAACGAAUUGAGCCUCAUUGGUACGUGCCUGUAAUACCACUUGCAUUAAUAAAUGGAGCAGAAGGGAUUGGAACUGGCUGGAGCACUAAUGUCCCACCUUAUAACCCUAUAGAGCUGAUCCAAGCUUAUAGAGAUAGAAUCAACGGACAAUCAUUUGAUAGUAUAGACUUAGCUCCUUGGUUUAAAGGAUAUACAGGGACUUUAGAAUGGAUGGACAGAUCAGGAGGUGGCUAUGAGGUCAAAGGUGUCUUUGAAAGACUUAAUGGCAACAUUUUAAGAAUCACAGAGCUCCCCAUCAAAAAAUGGACUACAGACUACAAAAAAUUCCUUGAAGAUCUAGCACAGCUUGAAAACCCCAUAGUUACUGACAUAAAAGAAUAUCAUACCGAAAAUCGUGUUGAUUUCCACAUAGAAGUCCCUACCCUUAACAACCUUACAGACUCCGAAAUCAUGAAAACUUUUAAACUCCAAACCACUCUCUCUUUAAGCAACCUCGUCCUAUUUAAUAGUGAACGUAAAAUAAAAAAAUACCAAGGGAUAAAUGAAAUCAUGGAAGAGCAUUACCUCAUUCGUGAAUAUUUCUACAAUAAAAGAAAAGCAUUCUUAGUAGACAAGCUCAGUGUAGAAGUCGCAAUGAUUUCUAAUAAAGUCAGAUUUAUUUUAAUGGUUAUUAACAAUGAGCUAGUCAUCAAUAAAAAACAAAAAACUGUCCUUGUAGCUGAGCUUAGGAGAAAAGGCUUUACCACAAAGUCAGAAUUAGACAAAAUGUUUACAAGCCCACAAAUACACCAAUCAGAUAAAGAAGUCCAAGAAAAUGAUCAAGAAGAAUCUGAUGCAGGAGCAAUCAAAGCAAAGGAGUAUGAUUAUUUAUUAUCAAUGCCACUAUGGUCACUUACACAUGAAAAGGUAGAACAGCUUAAAAGAGAGGAACAAGAUAAGAUCCAUGAGCUAGAAGUCUUGAAAAAUACGAGUAUUUAUGAUAUGUGGAACCAAGACUUGGAUGAGCUGAAGAAAGCUAUUGAAGAAGAAUGGGAAACUGAAGAAAGGGAAAGAAAUAAAAACCCGGCUGCAAGAGGAAAAGGAAAAAAAACUACAAAAAGAGCCCCCAAAGCAGCUAAUAAAGAAAAUAAACCGCCUGUAAGCAAGCCUCCAACUAAAAUUAUCACACAAUCAGACGACGAAAGCAAAGUAAAACCUGUUAAACUUAAGCCUACUAAAGAAGCAAGCAAAGAGACGAUUGAAGAAGUCACAGAAACCACUAGUGACUCUUCAGAUUUCAAAAAUCCAUUCGGCGCUCGUAAAAGAAAAGGAAACAAUCAAGCAAGAGACAAAGGUAAAAAAGCUAAAUUAAUGCCCUCUGCAGAAAUGAUCAUUGCAUCAGAAACUGAAGAUGAAGAAUUUGAACUUUAA